AUUGAAUAACAAAAUAGUUGGCAGAAACCCAGAAUACUCACUCGUUCUUUGAGCCUCCAAGUGUUGACGGUGGUAUUGAUGCACUUGAUCUCUUCGCAGUGCCUUUUUUGGGUAAAACAUAUCGGUAAAUGCCAAUCGGACGGUUCUAAGCUGUCCGCGCUGCCGGACGAUCUGGUUAGCGUAUCUUCCAUUCAUGCAGACGACAAUUAUUAACAUUCGAAGUCGGCGAUACGAGAACAGGGACGAGAAUGCCAAUAUUGUUGUUUAAACAAGAAAUGAAAUAAAAUAUUUUAGAGGACGGGAAAAUUUGAAUUGAAACAAGAACCCAACAACAACGCCCGACCUCGUGUUUGUUAUCAGAUUGUCUUAUCCGGUAUAUUAUCUGUAUGUCGAUAAAAUGUCUGAUAACCUCGUGAUAAUGGUGUUUUGGUUUUUUUUGUAUUUUUUUUUUUUUUUUUUAUGUUACCAAUUUCGGUUUUCGUGGUAAAAAUGUUUCGAUUUUUUUUUUGCCGCAAGACCUGCACAUGUGAUACUACUAUUUUGUAUUAUUUUAUUCAGUUUAUAUUUCUUAUUUAAAAACGACUUGACUACACUUCUUUUAACGCGCUACCUUUUUAUUUGCCAAUCGCAUUUACUUUCACCGUGUACAUAAUAUUUUAUUAUAUACCAUAUACGUAAUACAUACAUGUAUACACGUUUUCUUACAAACAAUAUAUGCCGCCCGCAUAACGUUCAUUUCGUUGGUGUACAAAAGUUUUUCUUCCUGUGAUUAGUGCCAAGUAUAACUAUUAACUAGUAAGUCGAUGACGGUGUUAGAGUCCUAGUAACAAAUUUAACAUUGAUAAGGUCGUUUACCAUCAUUUUCGAUUUGUUAAGAAAUGGACCGAAAAAUAUCAUCAAACAAGUCACGUACUCCGUCGUCCAAAACUCCAGGGCUCAAUUGCGUGAUAUGUUUUAAGACACAAACAAUUUUUUCAAUCGGACCAUGCGAUCACCCUGUGUGUUACGAAUGUUCUACCACUAUGCGAGUGCUCUGUGAUCAAAAGGAGUGCCCAAUAUGCAGGCGUAUAAUGACUAAGGUUUUUAAUACAAUUUAUUUGUGAUAUUCACUGUCCGUGGUACCAUUAAACUAUACCAAUAAUUUUGUGUAAUAAUGCCUAUUAUAAUUACAUAUAUAUGUGUAUAUAUAUAUAUAUAUAUAUAUAUAUAUAUAUAUUUAUAUGUAUAUAAUAUAUUAUAUGAGUAUAGCUUAUCAAUAGUUAUUAAAAGUGUAUUAUCAUUUUAAUUAAUAUAUCUAUGCAACAAAACUAAGAUAAACAGUACCUACUCAUUUGGAAUUUAUUAUAAAUUAUAGCCAUGAAAAAAUGUAUAUUGUUUAAAAUUCAGACGAAAUAGAUAUUCUUUUAAAUGACAAAAAAUAAUUACCUAUAUUUAUGUAGCCAUAAAAAAUGAUCUGAAAAUAACUAAGUACACUAAUAAUGCUUGUCAGUAACUUUUUGUUAAUUCCUAAGUUUAAUAUUCAUGUUUAAAUGAUUUUGUAGUUAAUUUCUUUAAUUAUUCUUAGAUAAAGGAAUAAUUCUAAAAAACAUAAUUUAUUAAUUUUUUUUUUUGUUUGUUUACAUAACCAUGAUUCACCUAGGUACCUGUUUAUCACAGUCCAUGAAAUACAUAUCUAAUCAUUGAUUACAUCACUUAUUUGUGAUAUUUAAUUAUUUCGGGAGCAUACUCACGGAGGGUUGAUUGUGUUAUUUCCUCCAUUUGACUUUUUUUUUUAUAACUUAUGUAUUAAGUUUUUCCUGUAAUUAUCAUUUAUUAUAUUAUCAUAGUUUUCUAAUUUUAUUAUAUAGUAUAGGUAUCUUAUUAAUGAUUUUGAAUUUUUAACUUCACACCAAAGUAUAAAUAUAAUUAGCAUUGAUUAUAUUUUUAAUCCAUUCAAUUAAAAUAAUGAUAUGCACCUAAUUAAAAUAAAACAAUUAUAAUAACUCCUAAUGUUGUAAUAUUAUAAAUAUAUAAUAUAUACUAUUAGAAUCAAUUGUUUAAUUAUGCUAUUUUUAAAUGUCCCUACUUACCUUAAGUUAAAUAGGUAGAUUCUCUAAAUGCUAUUAAGUAUUUAGGAAAAAUGAGAAUCUCUGAUAACUGGUUAAUGAAUACUUUCUAAUAAUCCUUAUAUAUUACACCUAAAAAUCUUGUUAGUUUUAUUAAUUUUUCGUUAUCCAAUAGGGUGAAUAUUUAUUUCCGUAAUAUUAAACCUAACAAUAAUUUUAUUGUUUAUUUAUUAAUUUUAAUAAUAUUUUAAAUGUUCAAACUGAUUUUAAAAAUAAUAACUCGUAUCAAUACAUUCUAGAUAAUAAAUAAUCAAAUAAUUAACAUUUCUUAACAUAUCUAUGUCUAAUAAUAACUAAUUUUAAAUAAUCUCUCCUAUUAAAAUAAAUUAUUUCUAAAUUCUAUGUAAAACGACCAAUUUGUAUAAUUUUUUUUUUUCUAUGUAAAACGACCAAUUUGUAUAAAAUUUUUUUUUCUAUGUAUUCCUUCAUUUAAUUUUUUAUAUUCAGUCACAUUUUACAUUUUGACUGUGAUAUACCUGAUGAUGAAUUUUUCAUUCAAAACCGAUCUUUUUGAACUAUGAAAUUUCAUUUUUUAUUAUUAAGUGACAAUAAAUAAUCAAUAAAUUAUUUACAUUUACAUUUACGUUUUUUUUGCAAAUCACUAAUUUAAUUAAAAUCAAAUAUCAUUGAUUCAACUUACUAUUGAAUAUUUUAUUAUAGAUAUUUAUAUUAGUAUUUAUUAUUUUAAAUGUAUUUUGUAUGUUAAGGCUUAUGUUAAAAAUUGGAUAUUGUUAACUUAUCGUUCAGUAGAAUUUAUUUUAUGCUGUUCAUUUUAAUGUUACCAUACAAAUAAUAUACCUACUGACCGGGACAUUUAUCAAAAUAAUAUUCCUUUUAAAAAAGGUAAUUACCUUUUUCUUAAUAUUAUUAUUAAAUAAAGUAUUUAUAAUACUAAAAAUUAAAUACAUACUUAUUUUAUCUUUUGAAUCUUAAUAAUACAUCUUGAAUUUGAAUAAAAGAAGAUUAUCUGUGUUUAUACGUUUUUUUUUUUUAUUAUUAUUUUUAAAUUGUCAUAUUUCACAUACUCGUAUCAAACAUAUACAAUAUAAAAAGUUGACACUGUUUAAUUUUUAACAUACAAAGAAAAUAUUUUGUUAAAUGUUAAGGAGUGCCGGCCAGAAAUUGUUACUAUACACUUAAAAAAGAACAUUGAUUUGUAACUAUGCAUAUACAUAGCAAAUAUAAUAAGUAGUGGAUUAUUUGGUUUAUACCCUGGUGAAUUUGAUAUCAUAUCACCUUAUAGUAAUGAUAUUUUUAUUUAAACAUCUUGUAGCUUUACAAACAAGCAAAUUUUAAAAAUAAGUAAAACUUUUAUAAACAUAUAAGUACAUAACAGUAAUAUUAUUAUAUUAAUAUUAAUAUACAAUCAAGUCUGGGAGAAAAAUUCUGACAUACUUAUAAUAAUUAUAUCAAAUUAUACUUACUUAAUGAUAAAUAUUAUUAAUAUUUAUUAGUUAAACAAAAUACUAGAACUGAACAAUUAUUUAUUUUUACUGUAUUUAAUAAAUUGCAUUAAAUAUAACAUAUAACAAACAUCUAAAAACUUUAUCAAGUUUAUAGAAAUAUAAAAUACAUUAUACUUAUAUUAAAAGUAGUGAAUAUUAAUUUCCAUUGUCUUAGUUUUGUUGGAAAAAUAAAACAUUAUUAUAAUUAAAAUUGUAUGGCGUAUGUUAUAGGUAAUUUUUACCAAAGAUAUUAGCCUAUUUAAGAACUUGGAUGGUCGUCAAUAUACUCGUUACAACAAGAAGUAUGGGAUUGCAUUUGAAGAUCAUUCUGCAGAACUUCACUUUGACCAAUUAUUACGUUGUUACUGUAAAAAAUGUUAUGAUCGACCAGAUUUUGGUGCAUUUGAACAGUUAGCUACACACAUGGAACGAAGUCAUCGUUUGUAUGCAUGUCGUCUUUGUGUAAAACACUUAAAGGUCAUUUUUAUUUAUAAUCUCAUAAUUUUUAAUUUUAUAUGAAAAAAAUUAUUCGGCAUAAAUCAUAAUAUUUAUUUUAAAGAAUAAAUGUUAAGUAUAAACAAGAUAAAUAUAUCCAUUAUAAAUAAAACUAUAAUAAUUUUAAUAUGUUAUAUGUAUUAUAGGUAAUUUAUAGUAUUUACUUUUUAUUUAUGAUAGAUUUAUUUACAUGGUAAUUUUUCCCAAUUUUAAUACAAAAUAAUUUUAAUAUUAAUAGAUAUUUCCGAGUCACAGACGUUGGUAUAACUAUGAUGAAUUGGGUAAACACGAAGAAUGUGGAGACCCUGAUAAUACAUCCCAUCGAGGUCAUCCGCAAUGUCAAUUUUGUAAUAUUCGCUAUUUAGAUAAAGAUGAAUUGUAUAAACAUUUGAGAAAAGAACAUUUCUAUUGUCAUUUUUGUGAUGCUGAUGGCAUUCAAGAUUAUUAUAUGUAUGUAUAGAUAAAUGGUAAAACCAUAUAUUUAAUUAUUCUUACAAUUUGUUUAACUGGUGUUAUAUUUUUAUUGCUCAGGACAUACGAGUGGUUGAGAAAACAUUAUCAUGAUAAACACUACCUUUGUGAAGAAGGAAAUUGUAUUAAUGAACAGUAUACAUCAGUUUUUCGUUCAUCAAUUGAUUUACAGGGUAACAUUAUACAUAAUAAGCAAAACAUUAAUAUUUUAUUAUCUAAUGUAGUAUAAAUUACAGUUUUAUCAUAAAAUUAAAUUUUUUAUCUCAUAAAUAGCUCAUAAAGCUCAAACACACAGUAGAGAAUUGGGUAAACAUGGUUCUAAGGAAGCACGUACACUUAGGCUUGACUUUCAUUUGCGACCACGACAUAAUCCUAUUGUCGAAGCUGGCAGACCAAAUCAAUACCAACCGCCACAUAAUUAUUCGUGAGUUUUGUGGUUGUAAAAAUUAAUUGAACCCACCACGAAUUGCAUUAUUAUUUAUAACAAUAUGGGUUCACAGCCUUUUUCAUUAUUCACACACAUUUUUUUUAAUACUUUAAACACAAAUAUUUCUACAUAACUAAAAUAACGUAAAUUCUGUUGUUUUCAAUCUAAGCAUACUAACUAGAAUCAGAUAAAUAAAGUGACUAUCAAAGGAAGGUAUGGAAAGAAAUUAUUGUUUUUAUUUACUUUUCAUCCAAAAUAAAUCACUGACUAAAAUAAUAUCUAACGGAAUUUAUUCACACAGUCUUUUGGACAAGUUUUUGAUUAUAAAAAUAUAUAUAAAUCCAACAAACACAAUGGUCUAUUCUUAAUAGCUUUAUAUAUUUAUUAAGGUAUCCAAGUACAUAAAAUAAUGUAAACUACCAAUGAGUAAUUUAUAAAAUAAUUAAUAUAGUCUUCAAACUGUGAUGCAAUUCAUGGUGGGUUAAAUAGAAAAAUAGAUGACAUAUUUGACAUAUAUAUCAUACAUGUUAUGAAUAUGGUAUAACAUAUGCAAUUUGUGAUUUAGGAAUGAUAUUUAUGCGCCUGAACGUCCCAUCAAUGUACGCGAUACAUCAGACUUUCCGUCUUUAAAUGGUCAAAAUACAACAGUCCUCCCAUGCGCUCGUAGCAGAAAACAAAACCAACAUGUCAACACACGAGAUCUACACUCAUUUCCGGCUCUUAGUCAAGAAUCUAACAUGCCUCAGAAGCCCCAAAGUACAUCUAAUACUAUUCGAAUGGCUACGUUAUUGAAAAAACCUCCAGAACCACCUAAACCGGACAAAAAGAAGAAUGCUGCUGCAGGACCUUCUGUGCCUCGAAUGCCUAACCAAGCUAGAGACUUUCCCUCUCUGGACGGUAAUCAGCAGCAGUUAAAGACUAAAGAAGUUGUGGCGGUAACAUCAUCGGCUAAUAAUUCCGGUAGUGGCAGUUGGGUGUCCAAAGCAAAGACUGCAAAUGAGAACGGCCAAGAUGAGAAGAAAAAAGCCAAAAAAGAACCGGCAGCCAUAAAGAAAAAAGUAGCAGAGGCGCCUAAACUACCAGGAGCAUCCGACUUUCCAAACUUGAAUAAAAAAUUGGAGCCGAACAAGAGCAAUCUGGCUAAGUUGGGUAACAAAAAGAAACCAGAUAACUCAAAAAAAAACUCUACACCCACUGUACAAAUUGAAAGUAACAAUGUAAAUGCUAAAAAGAGCGGCGGAUCACAGACUACAACUGUUGCUGAAAACAACAGUAAUAACCAUUCUAAGAAAUCGGUGGCAGUGGAUAGUUCCAAUAAAUCGAUAGAUCACAUUAAGGAAAACAGUAGACCAAAAACUAAAUCAGCUGAAGCCCAGCAGUGCAACGGUCGUAGUGGUGUGACUACAACCAAGGCAACAGUUGCCAGCAAAAUGGAUCCAAACAACACUAAGGUUGUCCCCAGCGAACCCAUGCGCAAAGAGUCAUCAUUCAAAAAGAAAGAAAGCCCAAGCCCACCGCGUGUGGAUAAACUUGUAGAGGCGGUAACAUCAGACAACAACAGUCAGAAAGACAAGAAAAAGCGAAAAAAGAAUGAAAACAACAAAGAACCGCCGCUUGAUUCGGUUGCGCAGUUACCGCCGGAAAACUUCUCGAUAACUCCAAAAAUACCGCCUGGUUUUGAGAACACUGUUCAACAGCAAGUGGUCAGAGCUCCGCCGGGGCUUUCUAGUCUAGAUGAUAGUAACCAUCCUCAGCUGCAACAAUUAAAAACUCCUCCCGGGUUAUCGCUGACGUCAGGUUACAACUACCAUGAUAUCAUCGACAGUGGACCUACCACUACUACUACUCCUACUGUCAUACAGACGCUGUACGAAUAUAUACACCCAAUAGGGUCGUCAAUCCGGAAUAAGAUGCUCAUCAACAACUUGAUGGCCGCGCUCAUACCUGCCUGUGAUGAGAGUUUUGACACGUUUGAGAAGUUCAAAGAGAUGUCAACGCUCUUCCGAAAGCAUUUAAUUACUGCCUACGAUUUCUACUCAUAUUGCGUGGAGGCUCUGUACCCUCACAGUUUCAAAGCCGUCUUCUUGGAACUGGUGUUACUGUUGCCAGAUAUCCAGAAACAACAAGUAGGUGGUAAUUUAUUACAUGCUGAAAUGAGCGCCAACCACCAUGCUCUCUUAAUAAAUAUACUAUAAACUUGGUAUUGCCCUCAAACUUACUAACUUGUAGUUUCCAUUCCACUCACCACUGUAGUGGAAAUUUUAUUUUAAUAAUAGGUAAAAUACACAAAUUUAAAAAUAUGUUAUUUAUUGUUAAAGCUAUUAUAAUUUUUGGACCUUUAUACUUUUACAAAGUACAAAAUUAUAACUGGGACCCGGAAUUAUAUGCACUAAAAACGUAUGAAAUAUGCAUGCAUGUGCUGAAUUAUAUUUAUCUAGAAGUGAUUAGAUAAUAUAAAAAAACAAAUUCCUUUUGAACUUUCGAACUAUAAAGGUAGGUAAAACCAACAAAUUGUAGUAAAACAAAUGAGUUUGAAACACUUAGGUAUUCGACUAUAAUGCAAUGAAAAAUUGUAAAAUACAAAAAUAUGCAGUACACAUUAAAAGAUAAAAUUAAAAAUAAAACUUUGUAUUUCAGAUCUAUUGACUAUAAUUCAAACUUGUAGUAUAUCUAGCUACUUUUUAGGCUGUUAAAAAAAACAUGCAAAUGCAUAUAAAUCUGGGCUCUAGUUAUAACUAUUGUUUGAUAUGUUUAAAAAAAAAUAGGUUUUUUAGCUUAAAGUUUUGAAAAUUUUUCAGAUUUAUAUUCUCUAAUAAUCCAUAAUAAGGUGCUUAAAAACGUAAAAUAGUCCUGAGAAAAGCACUUAAAAACAUUAAAAAGGAGAAAAAAUUAUAAAGGAAUUUAAAUAGUCCCCCUCUUACGGCUCAAACUUAUUAAAUUAAAUUUUCAUAUACUUUAUAUUAUAAAUAAAAAAAUACUUUUUAUUAAUCAUUUUUAGAAUAUGUUUGAAAAUUGUAUUUAUAAGUUAAAUCCAUUAGUGGGGAGGGUUUUUAAACCCCUCUAAUAUUUUUGAUUUUUAAAUAUUUUUUAAGUUCUUUUUUUCAAAGCUUUUGUGAAUUUUAAAAACGUAUAGAUCCAGUCUUCAAUGGUUAUGCCAUUUUGCACAAGCAACACCAUUACUCUUUUCACAUACAUCAGUGGUUCUUAACCUUUUUCGAAUGAUGGAACACUUAACAUUUUAUAAGAUUUUCGCGGAACACAACCAUAAAAUAAAAUAGUAAUGCAUACAUUUUUUAAUUUUUUAAUAUAUUAAACAAUGAAUGUAUAGCAUAAAAUUGUUUGCAUGCCAUACAUGUUAGUGUUAAUCACUAAAAAAUAAUAAAAAAAAAGUUAAAAAUUUGAAAUUGAAUACUUUGUAUGAGAUAUUUGUGCCUGAUGAUUUUUACAGAUAUUUUCAAUAUCUGACCGUAUGUAGGAUAUUGCUACUCUCAUUUCCUCUUCAAUAUUUGUCAGCCUUUCUCAUUUCUUUGUUUUGAUAUUCGUCAAUGUUAAAAAUCCACUGAUUUUAAAAUUUUAAGCGGAACACUUAUCCCAAGUCCACAGAACACCUGUGUUCCGCGGAACACUAGUUAAGAACCACUGACAUUUAUCGAUAUAGUAUAAUAUUAAAUUAAAUUAUUAACAGAAUUAUGACUAACUACCAAUAUAUUUUGGUUUUUAGUUGGAAAUUCCUCUUGCUACCGCGUUAAUGGUGUUAGAUUAUUGUUAAUAAUUUUCAGACAAUAGAAUUUAUAAAUGUUUUUUUCCUAAGGAAUUAAUAUACAUUUACAACUGUACCACCGGAGAAGAAAUGCCUGUCGAAAUGUGCAAGCAUUGUCGACAAGUUUUGAGACCCAUCGACAUGGAACCACAUGUUUCUUUACAUACCACCUUAUGCAGAUGAAAGAAAAGGAAAUGUCAAUACCAUUACCGUUAACACGCCAAAUUAAAAUAUCAUAUAUUUUUAUAUCAUUACCCGAUUUUAUUAAAGGUAAUAUAUAUAUAUAUAUUUAUAUGUAUAUUCUAUCAUUAUUUAUUUAUGAACCCUACCCGAUCAAGAGCUUUCACUUAAAAAAAAAAAAAUGAAAAUGUCUCUAGUAUUUGCUGAUAAGGCUUUUAUUUUUUCCAAUUGAAUGACAAUAACCACUUAAAACUCAAGAUUUAAAGAAAAUUAUCAUACAUUUAAAAACAAAUUCAUAUCUAUUAUUUAUGUCUGUCAAGGUUUAACACAUUUGUACAAUAUUUAUACCCAUUUUGUAUUACUUAUAUAAUUAAUUAUACUACUACAAAAAAAAAAGAGAAAAAUGUCUAAUCGAAAUGACUUUAUGUGAGAUUACAGAUUGCUUUUUGUAAACAUUGUAUGAUAUAGUUUUUAAUUUUGAUUUAAGAGAAGAAUACACAUAUUUCAGUCAUCAGACAAUAAUGCCACACUAAAUUAAUUAUAAUAAUAAAAUUUAAUUAUUAUUAUUAUUAUUAUUAUUAUUAUUUUUAAUGUUUAAUGUGUAUUCAAAAAAUAUUAAAUAAGCUUAUUAUUUUCAUUAUUUAUUUUUAUUUUUUUUUUGUCGAACACUGUUUCCAACAGUAUUUUAUAUAUUAUUGUGUAAGUAAAUUGGUUCUUAUUUGGGGAUCAGAAAUUUUUUUUAAUGUCCUUUUAUCAAAAACAAUAAAAUGUUUAUAUACUAAAUAUUGUAGUUGGCCCAUAUUCGGUGUUCAUUAUUUUCAAAGAUGCAACACACUAAAAUACAUUGAUUUUCCAGAUAUGUUUACCAAAUUUUAGAAAACUAACAAAAAGAAAGUGGAUUGGAAUGCCCAAAUCUAUUUCAAUUCCUCUUCCCCUCUCAAAAAUUAACUUAACCUCAAUUAUUUCCGUACAAGAUAUUUUUUUUUGUCAACUCUUUAUACCUUAUAUAAAUUAAAUCAAAGAAAUCAACAUAUUUUAUAUGAUAAACUUUACAUUGAUACACGGGAAUGAACAAAUUGUCCUAGGAAGCCAUGAAUAGGACUCAAUUGUUUGAUAUAACCACCCUAAUACACGGUAUAAAUUGUGAAUUGCAAUAAACUAUGGUUUGAUUUUUAUUGAUCACACUUUCAAUUUAUUGUCUUGAG